AUGUCUCACAAGGUGGCUCCCCUUGCCGACUGCACCUCCCUCUGGACCUACCCGCUUGAGAGCGACGGCUGGUUCCGCGCCCACAACGCUCUGCGGGCCGACAUGGAUGCCCUGGCCAGCAUGCUGCAGUCCUUCGAGCAGCAGCUGGACGCCGGCACGGCGAUCAGCCGCUCCCAGGCCGCAGCCGCCACCCGCUUUGUGCAGUGCUUCCUCAAGUUCCUGCACCACCACCACCACAACGAGGAUGACAUCGCCACGCCCUACCUGGCCACCCGCUGCACGGUGCCGGAGAAGAUUGCGGCAGACCACACACAGCUGGAGGCGCUGCUGGAGCGCUUUGAGGCGGCCACCAAGGCGCUGCUGGCUGACAGCGCCCUCGUGCGCAGCGCCCUGGUGAUUGUGCAGCGCAAGGAGCUUGCGCACCUGAAGGAGAUUGAGCGCAACGUGGUGCAAAAGUCCAUGGGAGCCAUGGAGGGCGAGGGCGUGGGCCCCUCCCUGCCCCCCAUGACCAAGGCAGAGCGCCGCGCGUUUGCCCCCCAGGAGGGCAUCCCUUUCUUCAUCCGCUGGAUCCUGUUCCGCCACGCCGCCAAGUACGAGCGCAACGUGUGGCAGCCCUUCCAGCGGGAGUGCCUGGCGGCGGUGGCGGCGCAGUGA